UUCAAGCGUCUGCGAAACAUUGGUAGAGGACGCUUCUGUAAGAAAUGUAUCGGAACGUGCCCGUUUUUGGAGGUUGUCAGCGUGGGCACGAUCGAAGUUGAUUCGCCUCUGCACCCAACGUGCGCGAAGAUGCUGAUAGUGCCAGUAACAAAAACAGAUGUGACUACAGUUACAUGCUAUCAAACGCAAACAGAUUACAGGACUAUAAUUAAUAGUGUAACGGAAACAUUACCUGCUGUCACCAUUGUGUCAACAACAGUUCAAACCAAGUGGAGUACAUCAACCUACCCUGUUAUUUCAAGAGAAAUAUCAACCGAACGAAUCACUUUUACGGAAACUCGCACUCGAUUCCAUACCGAAGUAUCCACCGUAAAAUCUAUCAAAACCGAAAUCGUUCCUGUUACAACUACAGUCACCACCUCUGUAUGCACUCCUUACAACGCAUAUCUGCCAGUGCCUCAAAGUCCAACAUGCUCACCACCGGUGAAUACCUAUCUUCCACAAGAUUUAUAUCCACCAGAAAUACCUGCAUCUCUCCGAGCUCUAGAAAUUGUUGUUACAACCACUCCAACAAUUACUCGUACAUCUACUGCCGCCCCACAAAUCGUUACUACGACCGUUCCACUAGCUACCACAGCUACUAGAACCGUCACCGUAACCCUGGAACCUUCCGAAACCAGCACACGAACAAUAAAACCUACUAGCACUGUGGUCUUGAGUCUGGAUCCGACUACGAUCAAACGCACAAUCCAACCAACAAGGACUAGUUACAUCUCGAAGGAGCCAAUAACAGUAACGACUACCAAAACCAGUACGGUGUUUCUAUCCGAUAAGCUCGUUACGAAAAGUGUCACCUUUACACCCACUCUGACGACAUACAUAUACGGUAACACUGUUACCAAAACGAUGCAUGUAAAUAAAUACAACAAAAUAUACUAGAAUUGUAUUACUAGACUACUAUAAAAACCUUUGAUGCAUGCUUUCGUUCAAUUGUAAAUAUUGUUUCACAAUUAUUCUUAUUUCGAAACCAUCACAAUAAACGCAAUAA